AUGAAUAACAAUAAAAGAUAGACAAUAGAAGAUGCGAUGAGAGCAGAGUAGAUUUCUUAUAACCCACCGUAAUCUGUGUAUUAAAACUAUUAUGGAUAUAACUAAUAUAUGCCAUAUGGGUACUAGCAAAUGAUGCCCAAUCAAUAUUAAUAUAAUCAAUAUUAUCUCUAUAAUUAUCAAAUGUUGCAGACCCAAUGUAUUUGAAUAUUUAACUUAGAACAAAAUAAUCUGUUGGGUAAUCAAACUAAAAUUUAAAGACCCUAGUAAUAGCAUAUUUAACAAUCUAAUCCAGCUUUGAAUUCCCAAUAAAAAGUAUCCUAACCACUUUAACAAGUGAGUCAACUCUAGUCACAGCAGCAAUCAAAUAUUUAAUAGACUUAAGAUUAAUAACAAAAGGAUGACAUGACCUCUAGAAUCGAGAAAGAGUAGAAUCAGUUUUUACCACCUGUGGAUGUUUCCGAGUUGGAUCAACCUUCAAGAUGGGAGAAUGAAAUAAAGAUUUACUCAUACUUAUACCGGAAGUUAAAUGUUGAAAUGCCUAAUUUAAUUAGUAUGACUUAAAAUUAAUCAAUCACAUAGGUGCGAGAUUUUGUAAUUCCAGAGAAGUAUUUAAUGAACAAUCCUCUGUUACAGUGAAGUAGUAUGUGGAAAGGGCAUUUAAUAAAUGCCAAUCUGAUACCGAGAGAAAUCUCAUGGAACAAUACUUGAAGGCUAUAAUUGCAGAAGCCUAACGCAAAAACGAAUACAGUAUAAGGGAUUGGUCUAAAUUUCCAUUGCCAACACUUUCCAGAGAGAAUUAAAUACGAACUCAGUCGCUAUUCUCUUAAAAUCUCCAAUUAAAACAAAGCACAGCUGUGGCAUUGAAUUCAUUAGGCUAAACAAGUAAAUUUGGGGCUCCAAGUUAAGCCCAACCUAUUGGACCAGCGUAAAGUAAUGGUUCUUAAUAAUAGAAAUUACAGCAUCUACUAGCAUUUAAAAUUUGAUGUCUUUAAACGAUUAACUGAAAUAGUAAUAAGUUGAUGCUAUAAAUCAAAAUCAUAUGAAAAAUAAGAAAAUUGACUAUAGCAUAGAUUUGGCUAUGCUAUAAAUUGGAAAAUUACAGCCCAAUGCUACAAUAUAGAUUAAAUAACAAUAAAAAUAGAUUAAAAAAAAAAUAGAGGAAGAAGACCAAUUUAUUUCAACAAAUAUGAAAAUUACAGUAUUUUGGAAUUAAAUUUAUUUUUAAGGGAACUUGUGAAGACUUAGAAAAACCAUAUUAUAGACUGACUGGUUUGCCUGAUCCUAAUACAAUAAGACCAGAGCACAUUUUAAAAAAAGCAUUGCAUCAUAUUCUGGAAAAGUGGAAAAACUAUUAGGCAGAUUAUAAUUUUACAAUCGAGCAAUUUAGAUCAAUCAGAUAGGAUUUGUUGGUGUAACAUAUAGAGAACAGAUUUACAGUAUAAGUGUAUGAAGAAAAUGCCAGAAUUUGUUUAGAAUGUGGAGAUUUCCCAAGAUAUGAAAGUUGUUGGACUAUGUUGUGUGAUUUGUAUGACAUGAUAAGCAUAAGUGAAGGGAAGGAUGCCAGUUUCAUUGGAAAUAAAGUUGAAUUCGAUAGUUAUAGGAUUGUGUAUCUGACAAUGUUAAAUAAAUAGGAUUAAUUAGUCAAAAUAUUACAUUAGAAUUCUGAUGAUCAGAGAAUCAAGUUUGCUCUUGGGUAUGUAAAUUAUUCAUGACCUUUAGGAUAAGAGAAUCUUACAAAUGUGGAAAUUAUGUUAAACUAUUCAAGGAUUAUAAGGAAGCUGGUGAAACUAUGGGAAGUAUAAUCAACCAUUUUUUAGUUAGAAUCAGAGUCAAAGCAUUGAAAUAAAUAGUAAGAACGUAUGAUUAACUCAUUAAUUUUUAGAUAUAUAUCAAAUAUAGAGUUAGAAUAUUUAGCCAAACUGUUAGCAUUUUAAGAUGUUGAACAAUUCAAAUAGUUUAUGUAAUAUUUUGGUACCAAUAUAUUAUUAAAUUAUUAUAGACCUAGUAAGAUUUGACGAAACUUUGACAUAUUUAUUAACCAAAUAAAGUAUAAAUGCCUUUGAUAAUAUUAAUUUUGAUAAGCUGAAUGAGUGA